ACUAUACACAAUACCCAUCCAACCACUUACAAUGCACAUCUAAAUCAAAGUAACGACAUCUGCAGCAGCGGGAAUAACAUCGUCUGAUUCUCGGCAACGAGCCUAAGCUUUAGGCGGCCCACUUGGCCGGCCUGGCCUUGGAAGAUCUGCAGAAACAGAUCGACUCCAUUCCUGGUGCCCCUUAUCAUUUCACGAGCUCAGUCACAUCGAUAGUUUACUUUGCGAUCAGAAUCAUUCCGCUGUCAACUGCUUCUCAGUAAUAGAUACUCCGUCAGCCGUAGCCACAGGUCGAUUGUCAAUGCGGCAGCCGGUUUUCAGAAUCGGGAUUUGGGCAGCCAUCGGCCUAAGCGAAUGUUCAGAGCUGCGAGGAGGGAAAGCUUCGUGGAAGGAAAUGAUUUGUUAUUUAGAGGUAAUAGUUUGGUUGAGGGGUGGAGUAACUAGCCAGUGCUUAUGAGAGAUGGGCGUAGAUAUAUAAACACGUCUGAGCGACUUGAACUCAGCCUCGGCUCGUCAUACUAUUCUGCAUUUGAAGCAUCGUUAAGCACCAUGCUCAAGUCCCUCGCAUGUCUGGCGCUUCUCGCUACAGGCGCUCUCACUACCUCCCCCGGAUACUCGUUCAACAUCACUCCGACCGUAACCAAUUCCUCGUUCAGCUUCGGACAGCACUAUGCCGUGCUUAAUCUCGAUUUAAUCGAUGAUUUGGUCGCCAUGGUGAAUACCACCAAGGUCGGGGAGAUAUGGAUUAACAACGUUGCGACCUGGAUUGAUACUGUGCACAAGCAGACCCCUCCUCCGUUGAGCAUCUUCUCGCGCAUCUACUACUCGAACAUUCAGCGUCCCGAAAUCGGAGACAGUCCCUUUGGGUCGGCCGUGGCCGCCUUGGGCAACAUUACGGCGUCGAGUCCAGGAUCACAGCUCUAUCCUGCCUUCAAACCCCUGGACAACUGGGAUGUGGUGGUGCAUAAAGCCCGGUACUACGCAGGGGCUGGAAAUCCGCUCGAGGAGAUCCUCAGCAGUCAGAGAAUCGACACGGUGAUAUUGUCCGGGAUCCGUACUUCGGGGGUUGUGCUUAGCACCGCGCUCCGACUAUUGGAUCUCAACUAUAAUGUUUACGUCAUUGCGAAUAAUACCAUUGAAUCGCCAUCAACCUAUGCGCCUUCGAUUCAAAAGAUCAUAUUAGAAGGCAUUCUUCCCAAUCUGCCCGUCAACAUUAUCACAAUUGAGCAGGCUGUUAGUGCGCUUAACAGCUCCGGACCGGCUGUCUAUUAGCUGAAUCCACAUUCAAUGAUGCGAUGAACCCAGUGAGGAUAGAUAGG